UUUGCCAUGGCAGCCAGCAGCUUAGCAGUAUCUGUUCUUUCUCCUAACGGAAGAAGGCAAACUGUAAAAGUCUCCCAAAACACACCGCUGCUUCAGGUUCUUGAGGAAGUGUGCAAGAAACAUGGUUUUAAUCCGGAUGAAUACGGACUGAAGUUUCAGAGGAAUGUGCUGGACCUGACGCUGCAGUGGAGGUUUGCCAACCUGCCAAACAAUGCCAAGUUAGAAGUGGUGCCAAGCACACAGCAACGUACAGGAGCAGAUACCACAGUUCGGAUUGCACUCCAAUUGGAGGAUGGAUCUCGUCUACAGGGAUCUUUCCCUAGCAGCCAAAACUUAUGGGAUCUGCUCAACCACUUCCCCAAAACCAGAAUAUCAGAAUUGGAAGUGCAAGGAGCCACACCAGUCUGCGUUUACAUGAGAGAUGAGGUCAGUGGAGAGGAGGCUCUUAGGAGGACCACUCUGAGGUCUCUGGGCUUGACUGGAGGCAAUGCCAUACUGAGGUAUGUACUGAAAGCCAGUAACACUUCAGGGAGCACAGAGCCCAUGGAGACAGCUGCUACACCAACUGACACGGCUGCCCCCGCAUCCCAGCCUUCUCCUGCUGUUAACCCCAAGCCCUCUCAUCUGCCAGAUGAGCCCACACCUGCCCCAGUGCCCACAGAAACUCCUAGUGCACCCUCACAGACCCCUAAAGCUUCUGCCCAAUUGUGCCAAGCACUUCCUGUACAACAGGAACAGGCAGAGCUGUCUCAAGACCAACAGCAAGUUGUGCGGCCCAAAAUCAGGCAAGAUGGUACUCAGAUGCCUCACGAGGCCAGUUCCGUGCCACGGGUGGAUGAAGAGCAAGCAGGACCUUCUCACAAAUUUCAUUCCGAUUCAGCCACGCCCAGCAACUUCGUGCCUUUCUGUGGUGGUGGCCAGAGACUUGGUAGUUCUGGAGGUGAUGAACAGAGAGAGUGGCCUUCACCAGCGUUGCCUUCUUCCUCACCGCUCUCCAGUGGGCCUCCAAAAGCCAAGAAGGCCAAACCUAGCCAUGAAGUCCAGCGAUCUUCUAGUGCCACAUGCAGAGCAAAGGAUUCAGAGGAGGCAGAGGAAUAUCUAGAGCCUGUGGACAGGGAACCACUUGUCUUCGACCUGGACUCAACAACGCAGCGGCAGCAUGAUGAGAAGGAGCUGCCAGACGAGUUCUUUGAGGUGACGGUGGACGAUGUCAGGAAGAGGUUUGCUCAGCUGAAGAGUGAGAGGAGGGUGUUGGAGGAGGCCCCUCUGAUGACUCAGUCUUUGAGGGAAGCUCAGGAGAAAGAGAAGAUGGAUAGGUAUCCUAAGGUGGUCCUGAGAGUUCAGUUUCCUGACAGACAAGUCCUCCAGGGCUUUUUUAGACCACUAGAAACAGUUGCUGCUCUGAAGCAGUUUGUAAGGACUCAUCUACAGGAUCCCAAUCUCCCAUUCUAUCUAUUUACUGCACCUCCUAAAACCUUGCUGCAUGACUCCAGCGCUUCUCUAUUUCAGGCCAGCCUCUUCCCUGCUGCUCUAGUGUACUUUGGCUCAGAUGUGAAGACAGAGUGCUAUUUGCGCAGUGAUCUUGUGGACAGCAGUGUUUCUGCCCUGCAGGCUGAUGAGAUCAUUGCUGGCUGUAUGCCCAGGUCUCCAGUUCCAGCUCCAUCCUCGAGUUCAGUCCCCCCUCAGGACACUUUCUCUCUGCACCCUGAGUCUAAUGAAGCCUGCAGAAGCCAGAAGAACUCGGAGGACCCCAGUGAUGAGCAAAUUCAAACAUCCAGACCCAUUUGCACAGCCCCUGCAAAGGUGCCCAAGUGGCUAAAGCUGCCAGGAAAGAAGUAAAGAGCAUGGAGUGACUAGAUGUUCAAGAAGAGGACUGGAGACUGGCUUCCUCAGUAGUCAAAUUCUCCAAGGGCCCAUAGUGCUGUCAAUAACAAAAUCAAGAUGUUGAAAGCACAUAGCUGCCAAUGCAAAUAGAGCCAACUCUAUAGUUUUGUGGUGAUUAAUGAGAUGCUUUGUUCAUUAAAACUAAAAUGACAGUUGCCAAUGAUUA